GGCAAACCGUCUCUUCAUUUAUACCACCCUGCUCUCCGCUGCCUGGACCAACCUUGUCACCGGACUGCUGAAAAGUUCGUGGCAAAAUUCUUCCGGCUCGAUUCUCGUAUACCAGUUCCCUUUGUGAGACGAGUCACUAGCCGCAAUGCCUCAGAACGAGUAUAUUGAGGAGUCGAUCAAGAAACAUGGUCGCCGACUUGAUCACGAUGAGCGCAAGCGUAAGAAGGAGGCCCGUGAGGUGCACGCCCGGGCGGCUCACGCUCAGAAGCUUCAUGGUCUGAAGGCGAAGCUGUACAACAAGAAGCGUCACAACGAAAAGAUCCAGAUGAAAAAGACGAUCAAAAUGCACGACGAACGGAACAACAAACACAAAUCCGACGACCAGCCCGUGCAGGAAGGCGCCGUCCCAACAUAUCUCUUGGAUCGUGAGAACCAGUCCCGCGCCAAGGUGCUCUCCAACAUGAUCAAGCAGAAGCGGAAGGAGAAGGCUGGGAAGUGGCAGGUUCCUUUACCGAAAGUCAAAGGAAUGGACGAGGCAGAAGUCUUCAAGGUGCUGAAAACCGGAAAGAGGAAAACCAAACAAUGGAAGCGUGUUGUCACAAAGGCGACAUUUGUGGGAGAAGGGUUCACUCGUAAGCCUCCAAAGUACGAGCGCUUCAUCCGACCCAUGGCGUUGCGUUACAAGAAGGCACACGUUACCCACCCGGAACUCGGCGCGACGUUCUGCCUGCCUAUCUUGGGCGUGAAGAAGAACCCCAGCAGCCCGAUGUACACACAGCUGGGUGUGAUAACGAAGGGUACCGUCAUUGAAGUGAACGUCAGCGAGUUGGGGCUUGUGACACAGUCUGGGAAGGUUGUCUGGGGUAAAUACGCGCAGGUCACAAACAACCCGGAGAACGAUGGGUGCAUCAACGCCGUUCUUCUCGUAUAAGCUAGCUUAACCGAAGAAAGCUCACGAUACUAUCAUCCCUCUCCACUCUACCAUCCGC